CCAAAAGCAUUGGGACAAAACGCUGAACCCAACAAACAUCACCAUACAUCUUCCUUCCACCACCAUAUAUUCCCCAGCAGCGGAGGCACCACAAUAUCACAAAAUCAUGGAGUCUAUCAAUGUUCUCAUGGCCUGCCCCAUGAACGACUACCUGGAAAAGGAGCUCGAGAAGCGCUUCACCGUCUUCAAGUUCUGGAACUACCCUGACAAACCCAAGUUCCUCGCUACUCACAGCAACUCCAUCCGUGCUAUCGUUGGCAGCGCCACUGCCGGUGCCGACGCUGCAAUGAUCGAAGCACUUCCGAAACUGGAGAUCGUCGCGAGUUUCAGUGUGGGGAUGGAUAAAGUCGAUUUGGGUAAGUGCAGAGAGAAGGGGAUCAGGGUCUCCAACACUCCGGACGUUUUGACCGAUGAUGUGGCUGAUCUGGCUAUUGGGCUGAUGUUGGCGGUGUUGAGGAGGUUGUGUGAGAGUGAUAGAUAUGUGAGGAGUGGCAAGUGGAAAAAGGGGGACUAUAAGUUGACUACAAAGUUCUCUGGGAAAUCAGUUGGGAUUAUUGGGUUGGGCAGGAUUGGCAUGGCAAUUGCCAAGAGAGCUGAAGCAUUUAGCUGCCCAAUCAGCUACUACUCUCGAACAGAGAAAACAGAUUCAACAUACAAAUACUAUCCAAGCGUUGUUGAGUUGGCUUCCAACUGUCAGAUCCUAGUUGUUGCGUGUGCAUUAACUGAUGAAACCCGCCACAUCAUCAAUCGUGAAGUCAUCGAUGCGUUGGGUCCAAAGGGUGUCCUGAUCAACAUUGGUAGAGGUCCUCAUGUUGAUGAACCUGAGCUAGUGUCUGCACUAGUCGAAGGUCGCUUGGGUGGUGCUGGACUUGAUGUGUUCGAGCACGAACCCCAUGUGCCCGAAGAGUUGUUUGGGCUCGAAAAUGUGGUACUUCUGCCUCAUGUGGGAAGCGGAACGGUGGAAACCCGCCAAGCUAUGGCUGAUCUUGUUAUUGGUAACUUGGAGGCACACUUUCUGAACAAGCCACUGUUGACACCAGUGGUUUGAUUGUGUUGGGCAGGAUGUGUGUGCGCUUAAUGUCAUGUUUUUAAUCUGGAAUCCCAUUGAAUAUCAAUGUUUUGAAAACUGGUGUGUUUUGAAACUGUAAUCCCAUUGAAUAUCAAUGUCUUGAGAACAUUGCAAUUGUCACUGACUCUAUCUCUAUGCUUCUGUUCAAAUGGGUCAUUA